CAGCAGCAGCAGCAGCAGCAGCGCGGGGCGCGGGCGGGCGCGAUGCUGCUGCAGCUGGGCGCCGCGUUCGAUCUGCAGCGCGACGUGGGCCCGUGGCUCGCGGCGCAAGAUACCUUUGAGGAGACUUCAUCAACACUCUAUGUACUAAAUGUUGAAAGAAAUGGAAAAAUUAUAUACACCUGGAAGGGUCAGCUGAGAAACACUUGCAUUGGAUUGUAUGAUCCUCAAACAAGACAAAAUGAGCACCUGUAUACCUUCGAGAGAGAUCUACACAUAAUCAGCUGUUCAGUCAACAAUGAAAGGACAUUAUUGGCGGUCAGUUUUCUUCAGAUGACAAAAGAAGAUAAAGUAAAUCAACUACUCCAGCCAGUAUCAAAAUGUUUGACUUUGCUUAUUGAAAUUCAUCCUGUUAAUUAUGUGAAAGUCCUGAAGGCUGUGGAUAGCUGUAUCAGAGUGCAGUUUCUCUAUCCAGUUGAAAGUGGAAAUCCCUUUCCAGAAAGCCAUCUUUUACUAAUUUCAGAAGAUAGAUAUAUUGAACAAUUUCACAUUCACGUUGUCACAGAAGAGCACAAAGUGGUGAUUCAAAACACAGGCCAGCUUCCAAGAGAGAGAGUUGCAGAUGAUCUCAUUUGGGCACAAUGGGAUAUGACAGAACAAAGACUGUUCUACAUUGUUCCAAAGGAAUCAAGGAAUACAUUAAAAUGUGUCCAGUUUUAUCCUGAUGAAAACUUUAAAUUAAUACUGGAGGCACCCCUGGAUAUUUCACUAAGUGACAUGGGAUUAAAACUUGUGAAUUUUGGAUAUGAUUACUAUCAAGACACAGAGAUGGCACCUAAAACUGUGAAUCUACAAGUUUUUACCAGUAAAACAGGCAGUUUGUGUGUGUGUUAUAGUCAGGCUCCAGAUAUUCCUGAAGAAGUCACAUACUCAAUAUCUUUCUUACAUAAAGGUUACAGCAAAACCUUCACAGUUGCUCUAGAAAAAACAGAUUCCUUGCAAGUGAAGGAAGUAGCUUUUCUGAACCUUGAGUAUUAUGUGGCUGCUUAUUUGCCUGGCCACUUCCUGCAUCUCCUAAAUAUUCAUCAUCCUGAUCUGAUGUGCUACAGUUUGUUUCUGACAGGGGAGGAUGCAAGUAUCAAGUUACUGCAUGACACCUCUAUCCAGUCUAUCUGUAAGUUGACACUCUUGGAUUGCUGCUCAGGAAGACUGUUUACAGUGAAAAUAAAUGAGGACUCCUUAAUGUGCUUCAUGUGGAACAGUAAGCUGGACAGAGAUAGACUGGCAGCUCUGCAUUGUGCUCUUGUCCAUCUUGGAAGUGCAGCAGACUUGGAAGAUCAGAUUAUUCAGUGGAUUUUGGAGAAUUUGUCACCAUGUCAUGCUUUUGAUCCUAUUCAAGAAUUUAUCAUUGCUUCCCUGUACUGGAGAAUGUGUCUAGAGAGUAGCCAACUGGAUAAACUUUUGCCAUAUACAUCACUACUUUACUGGAAUGGGGUUGUUCCUGGAAUAGCAUGCACAACAGAUCUUAUUUCUCUGCCCAUAUUAAAGGUGCAAAACUGUAAAGGCUUCUGGGAAAAAUUAAACAUGUACCUGGAGAAUGUAAAGUAUGCUGAGCCGCAGUUGCAUUACAACAAUAAUGUUCUCCGGAGGGAAUGGUAUAAGCUGCUUUCAGAAGAGAAGGAGGGAAGAGGAGCCCCUGCGUAUUUGAAAAAUAUUUUUGAAAAUGCAAGAAAGGUGCUGUCCAACCUGGAUACCUGGAGCAUGGAGGAAAGGUUCGUUCCUUUCUUCCAAGAGGAAGACUGCCAGCAACAAUUGCUAAUGGGACUGAUGGUUGCUCAAUUGAAAGAUCACCUCAUGAGGCAUCUACAGUAUGUAGGAAAAAAGAAGAUUGAUCAGAUUGUUGUGGAUUAUGUUUCAAACCUGCUGGAUCUAAUGUGUCGGAUGAUGGAAGCAGUUUGGAGGAAAUACAACCUUCACCCCUGCGUCUUCUCCUUUGACAAGCGAGGAAAUGCAGCAGAGUUUGCAGUAUUCCACAUCAUGAGUCGGAUCCUUGAAGCUGCCAAUGGGCUGUGCAUGCCCCUUCCUCCCGGUUUUCAUAGUCUACACUUGGGACUUGGAGUUCGAUGUCUUCCUUUGCACACUCUGCUGCAUUACAUAGAUAAUGGAGUCCUGCACCUCACAGAAACAUGUGUCAGAAAACUUUUCAAAGAUCUGGACAACACUGAGAAGAACGAAAAGCUAAAAUUUAGUAUUGUCACAAGGCUUCCAGAGGCAAUUGGCCAAAAGAUCUGUCAGUUGUGGAAUCACCCUGUCACUUCUAACUUUAUUGCAAGGAACUAUGUUAAACUUUUGUUUGAGAAACUUGGGACCAGACAGCGUGGCCGACCUAUACCUGACAGGAUGUCCAUUCGCAUAGAGUUUCUGCCUCUUAACUACUUGGCCAGUAUGCUGGCAGAAAUAGAGGAUCAAGGUCUGAAUCCAUUUAAGGAACAAGACCAUGUGAAUGCAAAAUUUGUAGAGGAAAUGGCACUGAAACACACAGAAAUGCUUUUGGACCUCUAAACUUGCGAAUGAGAACAUGCUUACUUCAGUGGGUCAUCAGCCUUGCUACCUGUAUCAAUAUUUGUCAACAAGAGUGCAAGCAAUGUUUUCAGGCUCUAUUUUCUUUUUUAAAAAACAAAAGGUUUCAAGUUUUCAACAGCAACCAGCAUUAGUAAGUCAACGCCUGCCCAAAAUAGUUGCUCCACUUUGCUUAUACAUAUGUUGCAAAAUGAUUAGGCUGAAUGCUGACUUGUUAAAGUUGAAUCAUCAGAGCUGAGGGAAGAAAUAUAUUUGCUGUAAGUGCAGUUCUGUGGCUAAACACAUUUCUACUAUUUUCUCUUAUACUGUGGAGAAGCCAAACAAGUAACUAUAACAAGUAUCAAAAUAAAUUGAUGGUGUUCAUAAUUUUAAUUUAUAUUCCAGUGCCCAACAGGGCAAACCAGGGAAAUGGUAAACAUUGUGAAAUCAUGAGAAACUGGCAACUAAUUGCACUGACAUAUAAAUGAGUUUUUGGUGAGGUUGUGUAAUAUAGACAAGUGGAAAAAAUGAGAAAUUAGUCUUUGUAUAUAAUGUAUCAGUUAUGAAAUGUAUCAAUGAUGAUGUAUGUAUUCUUCAUACAGACCAUAUCUUUUUAUGGUACUGCCAUGCCUUUGGAGUAGGAUCUUAAUAUAUUUGUUUUGUAAUUAGUGAAAUGUAUUCUCUGAAGUUUCCAAAACAGCUUUUCCUGCUGUUUAUAGACAUUGUACAGUAAAGCAGAGAAGGAAAGAGUCUUUCCAAGUAACUUCACAGUUUAAGUGGGUCUUUUAUUUAAUUCUGUCCCUCUGACUUCAUGUUUAUAGAUCGUGUAUCAGUUUUGAGAAAAAAAGGCUACAGCCCUUGUCUCCAUUUUCCAGCUAUGUUUAUACAAAACUGAGCUAAGUUGUCUAAUUUUUUAGCUGUGAUGGGUAACAGCAACAAAAAAUAGUACAUUGGCACCCAACAGAGAGAUUGUCUAAACUUUCAACCUGCUGAGAUGAAGCUGAGCUAAUUUCA